AUGUGUAUUCUUGCACUGUCAGGUCUAUUGGUGAGCUUGAGCAAUGCUGAUACAUUUUUACACAGUCCCAGAGGUUCUAACAAUCGCUUGAAUGGAGCAGGCGUUAACAGAGGAAACAAUAAUCGAAUGUACAAUUCUCAGGUGAGCUUCGAUCAAACUUCAAAUUAUUUGCAUUCCCUCCAUUCGUAUAAUCAUAAACAUUUGAAAAAUGCAGCAAAUUUAAUUCUGGAAUCCUAACAGCUAAUCACGAUAUCUGCUUGAUGUGGAUAUCGGUUAGGAUUAAUUAGAUACGAUUAAUACGCAAGGCCUAUCUUUUAGUGAGGAAGGAAAAUUGUAGUACCUGGAGAAAAACUCUCGACAUACAGACGAGAACCAGCGAAACUAUACUUGCUGUAAAUGACUUGAUUCUUUCAAGUACAGGGUCACCAAACUUAAUUAGCAAAACGGCGUGCCUUUGACUGCGAUUGCACGCUUAACUUAGACGUAUAUACUAUAAGAGGCACCUGUCUAACCGCAACAGCCACCCAUGCAGGCUUCCGUGUUUUUUGCAAGCAACUAGGCUACAUAUAUACACAUGAUCAAGACUACAUUUUCAUAUAUUUCUAGAACAACGCUAAGGGUGGUUACAAUGUAGGUGACAAAGACCAAAAAUCAAACAGCGAGGAGACACAAUUUAACAUGGUACGUAUAAGAGCUGCAAGGCUGCUGUAAGACCAUAAAUUGUAAUUUUUAUAUAAGGCUGAAUUUUUAUCAUAUUUGUUUUUUCAUCAAUUUUUAUCGACACGAAAGAUAAAAAAUCCUGCAAAAUGCAAAAUGUUUUAAAAAUGCAAAAUGCAAAAUGUUUUAAAAGUACAGUAGCUAUAAUGUAUAACCUAAGUAGCAAGUUAAAUUUUCCUCAAUAUUUUGAUCCAUAUCAGUAGUAAACAGAAUUCUGUUGAUGUAAUAUGAAUACCAAUAUACCCUUCGUCAUUUUAAUCAUACAUAGGUUAGCAAGUUAGGAAAAGAUUAUCCUUGCAGCGUUAUUGAGUUUUGUAUGAGUAUAACAAUAUAGUUCAAGACAGCUGACUGUUAUGUUCCUUAUUCUUUACUAUAUAAUAUCCCUGGGAAUAUAAAAUUUCCACGAAGCAGGUAUUCCCACAAAGCUUGCCAGAACUAAACUGGCCGAUUGUUGAUUACAAAUUGAUUCAAACAAAUAAUGAUGUGGCUUGAUGAAUUUAACCUCAUAUUUACAGAAUAUCGCGGAAAUUAGUGGCUGCAGUCAAUGCAGUUAUUUGACUACUGGUUUCCAAAAUCCCAUUCCAAACCAAAUUCCAAAUUCUUAUCAGUCGAACUCCCAUUUCGUGGUUAACGAAAGACAUAUUCCAGCUCCUAUUUUAACCAUUCGCAACACUCUGUGCAUUUGAACAUUUACAAAGCAUCCUAAAGUUAUGAAAUAUUUUCAGAACUAUUUCCAAAGUAGCAAAGGCUAUGCAAGUUCUGCAGGUCUUCAAGGAAAAUCUCUGCUUACAAUCGAGUGGACCAAUCAACAUGGCUGUAAUGAUCGAGAUUUAAACUGUAACUUUGUUCUUCAAUAUCGAUGUCAAGAUGACGCAAACAAUCAGAAAUUGAAUCAACACUCAAUGAGGAAUGGUAAGAAAAAUUAUACUCUACCGUAAACAGGGUACCAAAAAUUAACGACAUUGGGGGUGACUGGAAAGAUCUAUGCAAUGGAAUUGCAAUCAUAUAAUAAAUCAAAAGUAAAUAUUUAUUACAUUCAGUUAAAACAUUAAUUAUUGACCAAAGCUUGCUGUAAUCAACCAAUGCUCAAGACCGUGAGAUUAUUCAACGUCUCUAAUAUGCCCCUCUUACUCUAUAAGUUCUCGCCAGUUUUUUCCUGUUUAAAUUUCUAACCUGAGGGGUAAAGUUACAGGAUGGUAAUAACAACAACUAUAUAUAAGUUAAGUUUAGCAAGGCGGAGAAAUAUUAUCAGCAAUAUGAGAGAGUGGGCAGGUGAAUCAUUUUUUUUGUUUCUCACUGCUGAGUUUAAGCUUUAAGUAUAUUAUUCAAUUGUUCAAACACUCAUUAAUAAUUCAUAAGCUUAUUGGCAAAUCAUGUCAACUAUAAUAUGUCACGUGCAGUGGCUUUAAACCUGAUAAAACACUCCUAAUUAGUAUUCUUUAUAUAAAGAAUACUAAUAAGGCAGUAUCUAUUGUUGUCGUGUCCUCAUUAGUAUUUUUUUAUAUAAAGAAUACUAAUAAGGCGGUAUAUCUAUUGAAUUUGUAUAGUCGUGUUUGAAGCCGUUUAAUAAACUCGCAAGUCGUGUUUUAUUAGGUCUAAAGCCACUCGCGCUGCGCGCUCGUGUCUUUAAACCUAAUAAAACACUCCUGUUCGUUUAUUAAACAGUACAUAAACCAUUUAAUAAAUAAUGAUUUCUUUCGAGGAGUUCAUAAUAUAUACUGAAUAAUUGUCAAGGACAUGCACGUAGCAGUCAAAUCUGGUUAGUGAAUAACAAACGCGCAAACAUACACGAGUAAGUAUGAUCUUCUGCCUGAGGUUAUAACGUCGUACUUUAAUGCCUGAAAAAUAGAAGUAAACAUUUGGCUAUAACCUUCUUAACAAAAACUCUUUUCCAAUAGGGUGUACAUUAUGUAACGUUUUGACUGCCUUUGACACCCCUCCCCCCGUCCAAAGGUUAUUUUGUGGGGAUUUCAAUGGUGGUUUUCGUUUAAAAGGGGGGUAUAAAUACUCACCGAGGUAUUUACAUUAGAAACAUUGAAUCGUAAUGUAAUGCGAAGCCAGUUGUCGGAAGGGAAUAAAUUAACAAAUAAAGGAUUGUGUUUAAAUGCGUUUUAAUCAUAGGCAGCCCAAUGUUAUGGUUGCCUGCCUGCGCGCGGGCGAGGCAUUGUAUAGUUGUAUUAUUUCCUAAGGUAGGCAAAUGCAAUCAAACUAACGAUACAUCUACCUUCAAACAAUCCAAAAUACUUCAAAUAUCUUUACAACUACGCUAAAAUAAUCACGGAAAUAAAAUCUACGAUACUUUUACUAUAUACUAACAAUAUUUUAACGUACAAAACAAAUUUGUAAUGCGAGAAAAAUACGAAAAGUUUUUGCAUUUUUUUUCAGUUUUUGAAUGAGACGAUGCUGGAUUCGCGCUCGACGUUUUUGAUAGCGUUUCAAAUGACGAAUUUCCAAUCUCAUUGGCUGUCAUCUUUACGGUUUUAAAACGUCGAAAUGACAGCCAAUGAGAUUGGAAAUUCGUCAUUUGAAACGCUAUCAAAAACGUAGAGCGCGAAUCCAGCAUCGUCUCAUUCAUAAACUGAAAAAAAAUGCAAAAACUUUUCGUAUUUUUCUCGCAUUACAAAUUUGUUUUGUACGUUAAAAUAUUGUUAGUAUAUAGUAAAAGUAUCGUAGAUUUUAUUUCCGUGAUUAUUUUAGCGUAGUUGUAAAGAUAUUUGAAGUAUUUUGGAUUGUUUGAAGGUAUAUGUAUCGUUAGUUUGAUUGCAUUUGCCUACCUUAGGAAAUAAUACAACUGUACAAUGCCUCGCCCGCGCGCAGGCAGGCAACCAUAACAUUGGGCUGCCUAUGUUUUAAUUCGGGAUUUAAAUUAAUACAAAGUAUUUCAUUUCUCCAAGGACGCGUAACCAAUACUCCACAAUAUACGAAAAUUACGUACACUACACGCUCAAGUAAGAACACUUACUUGAAUUAUGAUUCAGCCGGUUAUGCUCGAGGUCUUCAUGAAUCCUGGGAGUGGUAUGAUAAAUGCGUCAAAAGAAGUCGUAAUCAAGGUGAGUUCCAUGUUUGCGAAAACAAACAGGCUAAAAAUAGCCCAAUAUGAGUUCUAAAACUAAAAUAAAGCCAAAGUAAGAAUAAUAUACAGCAUAUAGGCGUGGGAAAAUUUCAAUUAUGCAAAUUUAUCUCUUGGUUUGUGAAAAUACUAUAAACAGUACCUUUUAAUUAUAUAGAAUAUUAGCAGAGUUUUGUAUAGUAUGCCAAGGAACUGCUUUUUCGAUAAUAAUCUAUAAACCUGUGGCUGCCUUAAACGUGUUUAUCUUUCAGUUGGUGUCAUGCUUCCUGGCCAUCAGCAAACAUUUUUAUUAUUGACAUCUCUUAAUUCUGAAGUUGAAAACAUAUAUUCUUACCCGCUUUUUAAUUAGUUAAUUUAAAUACAGUGUAAAUUUUUACUGCCAGCCAAAGCUCAUUGAGAAAGUUUUUUAACCACAGCAAUUAUGCUUCUUUCGUUUUCUUAUUUUUGGUUUGGUUUGGUUUGGUUUUUGGUUUUUUUGUUUUGAAACUCGGCAGUCUUGUACUAGUUGUAGGACAAUAUAAGUACCACAUUGCCCACGGAUAAUACAUACAUACAUACAUACAUACACUUUAUUUCAACACGGAAGAAUCAUCAGUACAAGAAUAAAAUACACAAAUUUAUUAUGUACAAUGUUAGUCAAAAGAUAAAAAUAAUAAUUACUGUUUUACAUGAUUGCCGUGCAAGAGUCCAUAUACUCAGUAUACUAUAGGAAGUUAGUCAAUUCGACUUUGAAUGAAUUUAGAGAAGGGGCUGAUCUGAGCUGUUCUGACAAGCUGUUCCACAGGGAAGCACCACUGUAGCUGAAAGAACGUUUUUAAUAGUCUGUUUGGGGUUUUGGAACAGACAAUUUAUUUAGAGAAUUUCUCAGAUCACGGCUGCAAGUAUUGAGGAGCACAAUUAUUAUUAACUUUGUACAUUAGGAUAGCUUUUUGCUUCAUGCGAUUUUUUGCCAAAACACUCCAUCCCAACUCAGAAAGUAGGGAUGCUGACGAAACCUCAUACGAGGACUUGGUCAUUACCCUAGCCGUACGAUUUUGCAGCUUUUGUAGUUUCUCACCCAGUUUUAAACCAAUACCAUCCCACACUGGAGAGCAAUAAGUAAAAUAGGGCUCGACCAGGCCCCUGUAUGCCUUCACAGCCGUUUCUCUAUUGAUGAAAGGUAAUUACUCGAUUAGGCAAUGAAAUUACUCGAUUAGUCAAAGCAAUUUCUUUCCACAUAAUAAACAAAACUUGCUCACCUCAACCGUUCGGCCUUUAUGGGAAAAUAUUAAACAUCAGCCAUACUGUAUUGAUCAUGCUGUAUUGACCUGUAUUGAACUAAGUUGUUAAUAUGACGCUAGCCUUUAGCCACAUCUCCCGCAAAUAUACGUCCACAACUUGUUAGCCUACUAUGACAUCAUACGUCCAGUAUAUAAGAAGCUGAGUUGCGUCUGUUGAUCAUCCCUAGCAGGGCCGGAUUACUUCUGCCGUCUUUCACAAAAUUCAGCAAUCUUUUAGUAUUUAAUGUGAUUUUUUUGGCCUCGCUCUAUGGAGCCCCUUGCCCAAAGAAGGAACAAAAAAAAAUGUUUGCGACCCUGCUUUUGGAGCCUCGCUUUUCAAAACUUGGUGCCUCGUGCUUCUCUAUUUGGAGGCUUCGCUUUUAGGGGCCUUGGACUCUUUGGGGCCCCGCGCUGUUUGGAUCCUGCGCUGAAACAGGAAACAAAAGACCCGUUUCAAUCCCGGCUAUUGGAGACCUCGAUUUUUAAAUUUUGGAGCCUGACGUUUUCUGAUGACCUUGGGCUGUUUGGGGCCCCGCGCUGAAACAGGGACAAAAAAACGUUUGGGUCCAGCUUGAUGGGGCCCUCGCGUUUUCUGGGGGAUUUGGGCUCUUUAGGGCCCCGCACUGGCGCACUGUUUGGGUCUCCAACUGAAAGAUGGAACAAAAAAAUUCAGAAAAAAAUAGGAGAGAGUAAGCGCGGGGCCCCCAAAAGCGCGGGGCCCGUGGCAUAUGCCGCUUCUGCCAUAUGGUUAAUCCGGCACUGAUCCCUAGCCUGAAAACAGACCUACGUUUCGCCCGCCCUAAAAUGCGCGGGUGCACGGAAAGGGCGAAACGUAGGUAUGAUGAAAAUGUUGUCAAAAUCGCCUUCCGCCCACUUUGUAUUUUGCAAUAAUUAACGAUGAUAAUUGACACAUUUAUAUGUAACACCUAAAAAUGCAAUUUAAGUUGUCGAUUCUCUUUAUUGAAAGUUUGUAAACAAAGUAAUAGUUGAUAAGUAUAUAUAGAGAUGUUUGAAUAAAUAUUAAAAAUAUUGGUAACCCCAUGCUGUUGCUUUUAUGUACUCUUGACUCUCUAAGCAAACAAUUACAGCUAGUAAUAAUACAACAUUUUCAAAACAUUCUAUACAUGCAAUAAAAUCUGCCUACGCAAAUUUGGCAAUGGGCAUGUCCAAUUGUUGAAUUGCACCCAAACAGUUACAAUUUAUGCAUUUUGAAACCGCCAUACAAUGCUAAAAUGUGCAUCAAAUAUUUUGUACGUGCUAUGUUAUCAAAAUGUAUAUAAUAAACGCACUAUUGCGCUGACACAUAUUUGUAUCAUUUAUUAUGAUUAUAACAAAAUGUAGAUAGUGUGAAAAUUAUUGUAUUGUAUAUUACAACGGAAAGACACAACGCUGAAGUAUUUGACACGUACUGCUCUACUUCCCUGCAGUUUUAAUUUUAGAUGGUAGAUACUGUUAGACUAGUUGCCGUUCGGCUUCACAAUAUAUUUAGAAUAUUACACUAUGGGCAUAUUAUAUGCGUUGAUAAUAGCGUUGAAAUAUAUUCUGAUUUUUCAAAUCUUUUCAUGUUAGCGACCAAUCAAUCACAACCCAUUUCCCUGUGGAUUAGCCAAUCAGCUAUUGCGACCACCAGGCGGUCGGAUUCCACAGCAUUUUGACAUGAUUUUCCUCAGACCUUCUUUUUGCCUUUUGCUAGCCCUCCCGUAAGCAUCCCACCCGCAAAUUUUAGGGCGAGCAAAACGAAGGUCUGUGUUCAGGCUGGAUCAUCCGUGAUGAAGACACAAGAGCAGAGUUACCAAUUUCUUGGUUAAUUUAAUUCCACUAGUUGAUGAGCCCACACAAGCGGAACAACUAAUGAUGCAUCACAAUUUUAUUUAGAUUGUUCUUUCUCUUAAUUUACAGGACUAUUCACAGCUGAUCAGAAACUGAACGGUCAGACAAGUAUUUACACUCGUCAAAAUGCAAAUGGUGCUCGCAGUGGUUAUGAAUGUCCCGAGGAACGAGAUUACUAUCCUUACUGGCAUCCUACAGACUGGACUGAUAUAGCGGUGUUUGCUUAUAAUGAAAGCAUGUGUAAAUAUUAUCAGAAAGAGAGUUUCAAUGUAAAAAAUAAAGGUUAGCCUUGUAAAACAGUUAUGAACUGACGUAAUUUCCCAAUAUAGCUAAAGUUAUUCUAAUUAAGUUUACAUUGAUCAACGGAUUAGAUUUUUCUUCGCAUCACUGUGGUAUGACUAUAUCAUCAUAAUAUUAUGUUAUGGCUGUUACGGCCACUAUAGGAUUGCAACAUCCACUCCAAAAACGUUUCAAUUUCAGUUUUUUUUUACUAAUUCUAGCAUUUAACAUUUGUACUGAGAUGUUUGUUGUUUCUGUUUUGAACUACAAUAAUAUAGUAGUGUAUUUCACAUCAAUCGGCAUGGGAUUUCUAUUAAGAGCACUGAUUAUUUAUAUUACUUCUACUAAAAUCUGCUCUACGUAAAAGAAAAAAUGCGAUAAUGAAUAAUUAUGUUAAUUAACACGGUUUACUGAUAUUUCAAGCGAGGUUUUGAUAUUUUCUGAACAUUCUUAAAAUAGUUUUUAUCUCUUUGUCGCAGGGGAGUGCCUUCAAUAUUACCCAUCGAAAGCCAACGGUUUCCGCCAUGACUCGGUGUAUAACAACGAAAUUGACUGCAAAAAAAAUAAAGGGUUCUGGGUUUCAUUCAGCAACUAUUUAGAAGAAUACCCCAAGUAUCAAACAGAAGCAAAAUGUAAAGCUGGAAGUUCUGGCCAACUACCUCUGAAAUGGGACAUUCCUUACCGCUCUGAAGAUAUUGAUAAUUUAAAAAUGACUGGUGAUAAUGUGGAAUCAUUAAAGCGUUGUUUGGUCGCUCUUGAUACGCCAGAAUGCACCAAAGCUCCAUAUACAAGAUCAAACCAUUUAGGAAAUGUCGAAGGUGUCGUUCCUUUCCGUUACACUUGGGCUCUUCCACAUUUUCCAUCUGGUCGUGUACAAAGAUGCGUUCUGAGAUUGAGGUUAGUUAUAAAGUUGUAAUAAUUUUUCUACUCCUAAUUUAUAGUGUAUUUAUUUAAUGACUUAGCUUUUACAAGCAGGAAUUUUGGGGAACGAUGCGUAAAGCUUACGUAACAUUUUUACUACAAGAAAAUGCGUUUAGACCGUUAAGUUCUUGUCUGUCUAAUCUUGCCUGUCUUUCUGAGGAUCUGUGUAAUCUGGCGAUAUUAUAUACUUUAAAGGUAAAUCGCCAUUCCGAAUUAGUAUCCUCGCCCUGGGCUUACGCCCGGAAGGCGCUCUGCGCCGUUGAUUCGGGGAGAAAAUUCCACUUCUUGUCAAAUUUUUCUGAAAAGCGUAUACCUGUUCCAGUAAUCUUCCACAUCACACAUCACUCAGCGCGGCAUGUAUGAGCGUGCUUUACGCAAGCCCACUAUGUAAGCGUACUAGUGGUGGCACACAAUUCAAUCUUUGUUUUAAAUUAUAAUAGGAAUGAGCAUUUUAUGUAUCAUGUUCUUAAAAUUAUGCAUAUAGCCUAAUUUAAACAAAAAUUAAAUAAUUUACUAGCUUUCAGUAGCAAUCUUACUGCAGCAGCAUUUCAGUAGCUAUAGUGAUCCCAGGUCCAUUAUAUAUUAUGCUAUGAUGUUAAAAGAUCUAUUUUCUCCUCUUUCCGUUGGUUAGGUACAACAUUUCCACUGGAGAUUAUCCACCAUUUGACACAUUUAGUGAUGAAAAUGACAAUCCGUAAGUAUUCAUAUGUCUUACAAUCGUGACCAUGAACCUUUCAACAAUUAAUUAUCUGUUGCUUUUCGAACAUCGAUGCUUGUUGGCUUAACCUUUGAAGGUUAAAAUUAUUUCAGCCAACUCAUUUUGGCAUAAUAAAAGGGAAAAGAAAUUCAUAUAUAGUGAUAGAAUUAUAGUUGAGCGUGUAUACAGAGCGAAGCAUUGUACUUAGACGAGACUGAUGUUUUCCGAGGGUGGAGGCAGUUGAAAGUUUUUCCGAAUUUUUAUGGAGAAUUGUAAUGAAAUAACCGGAUUUUAACAUAUCUUCUGAUAAAUCUGCCCGAAUUUUCGUGAUUUUUCCUAGCAUUUGCCCGAAUUUCUAUGGUUUUUCAAAAUUUGGGGUGCGGGCAGUUACCCCCCCCCCCUCUCUGCCCCCUGUCUUGUACGCCUAUGCAAAACCACCAGACUAAAAACUAUUGUACUAAACUACUAAAUUUUUGUAUUUCAUAAGGAAUGCGGGUGUAAAUUCUCCAGUCAAAAACAAUCCAAAAGUGAAAGUCAGUGCUGCUCAGCUGCCAUUACAACUUGCCAUCAACACCGCUCAAUUUGGACGUACUUUCCAAGAUCGAUCUCAUUUAUUCAAGCUCGUACCCAGGCCUAAAAAGGUGACCAAUAAUGACGUCAUUUAUAAUCUAAACGUGCGAGGAAAGCGCGGGAAUAUCGUGCAAGCUUUUCCAGCUGUAGAAUACGACUUUAUCCCGAAACGAAUGACUAUUUCUAGCGCAAGUCUUGUGCAUAUCCAGUGGACUGGUAAGUUUUGGUAAUUACAUUAAAUAAGAUAUAAGAUGAUGGAGUCGCCUUUUCAUGCUGGAAAUCGUGAAAACGGUUGUCACCAUAUUUUUCAUACAUUGUGUUAUAACUGAGCCGGGAUGUAGGCAGCUGAUGUGGCUGCCACUGAAAUAACUAAUUUUGUACAUCUUGUCAAGUUUAAAGUAUAAAGUAUAAAUUGAGCAAGAAAUGCAUCAAAAACUGCAUCGUGUACCCCUUUUUACUCCAUUAUUUAGCAUAAUAAAAACAGUGAAUAUGUUCAUAAAAGUUAAAAUCACCAUCUCUUUCUUUCAAAGGAUCAAACACCAACCCUAGUGGCAAUGCCGGACAAGGAACUGCAGGUGUGUUUAGUUAUAUGUAAACAAUAUGAAAAAUUAUACAUGUAAAUUACCAAAAAUCAACAUAGUUUUUCUAGGUUUUAAAUGCGUUAUUCCAAUAAAUGCUUAAUGAAGGCGCCUUAAUCUAACUUUGCGCAAAUACAUUCUUCGAGUGCCGAUUUUUAUUGAAUCUUCGCACAUGUCGAUAUUGGAUAAUUUCAGUCAAUUGUCUAACAGGAUUAACAAAUGAAAUUGUUAUUCGGUAUUAAUGCUAUUUUCCAUUAGUUACACGGAAAAGUAUAAAUAAAUAUUUUCAAAUUUUAUAUCUUACUAUAUCUUAGAGAAUAGGUACGAAUUACCUCACCAAAUACUCUUUACCGCAACACAAUGACUACAUAUUAACAACAAGCGUAUAAACUAUCGUGUAAACACAGCAAGUUGAUUCGAAAUAAAUACCCAUGGAUAUCCGCAAAAUGUUCGCAGUUAAGAGAAAGCCUUCCAUCAUCAAAAUUGAUUAAAAAGAUUUCGAUUAUCUUUAUCAUUCGAAGUCCCACUUGCUGAAAGUUUUGAUAUUUGCCUUGCGUUGGGAGAAAAUGGGAUCUCAUCAGGAAGAAAAAAACUUGAUGAACUUUUAUAAUAUGAAAUAAUAUUUUCAUCAUUAGGCUUAAUGGAGUUAUUGAGAAGCUGGAAAGUUGCGAGAGCACUCAAGCGUUAGAGUUGGUCUUGGGGGAGGGACUUGUCUUUUCGUGCUCUCCCAACUUUCAGUGUACAGUCGAACCUCUAUUAAGCGGCCACCCUCGGGGAUCUGCUUUGUGGCCGCUUAAUAAAGGAGGCCCCUAAAUAGAGGUACGCAAAUAAUAUACCUUGGGCGUAGUCAAUGCUUUUGAGGUGUAAAGCUUUUGAGGUGUAAAGUGGCAUGUGUUAAAACAUAUUUUUUAAGCCUUAUUUUACAAAUAAAGCAAAUUAGGUCGACUUUUAUUAUCGGCCCUCUUGACAAGGUGUUGCGCCAAGUAAAUCCUGGAGGCUGGCCGCUUAAUAGAGGUAAACAUUGACAUAGAACAUGAUUUGGGACCGCUCUUUGGUGGCCGCGGCCGUAUAAUAGAGGUGGCCGUUUAAUAGAGGGAUAGUUUAUAGUAUUUGUAUUACAAAAAUUUCGGGACUUUGAUAUGUGACCGUUUAAUAGAGGGUGGUCGCUUAAUGGAGGGCCGCUAAAUAGAGGUUCAACUGUAUUUAAAACGCGAUAUAUUGAGCACGGAAGUCGAUCUCAAAAAAUCUUAAUAAAGGGUAUUGGAAAUAAAAAUUUUUAUUGCUUUAUCUGAGAGAACAUGAAAAAAUAAGCCGAUUGGCUGUUUACUGCUCUAUUCUAUUUCAUCUGGUUCCGAAGUUAUACGCAAAAAUGUGCAACAUGUCAAUUGCUGAUUCAGCACAACGUGUGACGUCAUUAGUUGGGUAAGUAUGUUUAUUGAAUAGUAAACUGAAGCAUAGCUCAGUUAUUAAUGGCUCAAUCAAAUGAAAUUUUGCGUACAGAUAGCACAUGAUGAGACGCAUGGGAAAAUACUUCUAAUUUUGUUGUCAAGGCAACACAGUCGUUCCCAGGCCCCUUACACUGAUUUUGAAUAACUAGUUGCAUUUAUCUAUGGGUAUGUCAUUUCCGAAUUAUUAUCAUGCAAGUAAACUUUUGGCAUCCAUAGGUAUGGUACACAUACUUCUGAUAAUAUUUUGUUCUUAUAAGUACCAUGAAUAAAGCUGUUUUAUAAAAUGGGCGCAAGGGCCCUGGGAACGACAUUGUUACCUUGGCAAUAAAAUUAGAAGUGUUUUUCAAUGCGUCUCACAUGUACAAUCAGUAUCCAAAAUUUCAUUUGAUUUGGGCACAUAAUAACUGAGCUAUGCUUCAGUUUAAUAUUCAUUAAACAUACUUACCCAAGCAAUGACCUCCACGUUGUGCUGAAUCAGCAACUUAUAUUUUGCAAAUUUUUGCGUAUAACUUCGGAACUAGAUGAGAUAGAAUAGAGCAUUAAACGGCCAAUCGGCUUAUUUUUUCAUGCUCUUUCAGAUGAAGCAAUAAAUUUUUUUGUUGCUAAUACCCUUUAACUUAACUCAGACCUUUUAUUCAUUUAAUUAUUUCAUAAGAAACUUUUAAAUGCAUAUAGAUCUCAACUUUUUCGUGCGGGUACUCAUUGAACAUAUGAAACUGAACAUUUAACUGGAAAGCAAAUUUUACUCGUUUUUCGUGAAUAAACGUGAAAACAAUUACUUAUUGACUAACUGCAACUAAGUACUUUCAAGGCCCAGAUUAAUUCGGAAAAAUUCAAAAUUUUUAUGGUGGGGGGAGGGGCGAGUUUCCUAAGGGGGGGGGGGCGAUAUUCCUAGGGUAUUCGCCCCCCAGUAGGGGGGGGGGGCGAUAUCGAGUGACUUGAGACCGGUCUGAAUUACUUUCGUCCCGGUCUUAUGUAACAUCUAUUAUAAAUAAUACUAUGACCGGAACGAAAUGGUCCCGACUUCCUUCCGGUGUCCCAGGAAUUUCGCCCACCUUCAGUGUGGAAACAAACAAUUACGCCAGUUUUUUCUGCAAACAGUUUUUCCUAGUAAUAUCGCCCUACCGGGGGGUGAAAUUCCUAGGAAAUUCGCCCCCUUUAAGAAAUUUAGCCCCCUUUUAGACACUUCACCUUUGCUUUAGGAUUUUCGUCCUCCGCUAAAAAUUUCCUCCUUCCAAACAGUUGCAUACGAUAAUUAUUACAUAGCUUUAGUAAUUUGAAAUCAGUAUUCAGGGGCGUUGUGGGUCCCCUUUUUGGGGGGGGGCAAGGGCAGUAUUUUUCCGACAAACUCAAUUGGAAAAAAUUUCCGGACACGAACAUUUUAAUUUAUCUACCCCCCCCGUCGACAACUUUUUUGUAAAAAAAAUUUCCGACAAUUAAUUGCUUUCGUAGCACUUUUUCCGAACUAGCACUCGGCCGGCGGCGGGCCUGUGUAUAUAUGCAGGUAUGCUUGACCACGAAGAUUCCGACAACGUUUCCAAUUUUCCGACGGGUCUUAACAAUAGGGGGGCAUGCCCCCUCCAUCUGGCCCCCCGGUCACGGCGCCACUGUCAGUAUCAAUUCAAAAUUGUUAAGAAUACAAAUUUACAAUUACAUUUAUCGAAGGGCCUUACAGUAGACAUUAGGACUUAUGACGCUUCACAGCACAGCAUGCAUAUUUUGCAUUUUCGGUGCUCAUCCUAAUUCAAACUCAUUAACAUUGUUAGAAAGUAAUCACCGUGGUGAUUAUUGUAAUUAUUGAUAUUGUCAAACUUUUAUUAACUGACACAUGCAUAAACUAUAUGUUUUUUUAUAAGACAACCGUUUAACUUCAUUAUAAAGAGCACUAAAAAUUAUCUACUUGUCUCUACCGAUGCAGAAUUCACAAACUUAUUCAUUGACAUUGAUUGAAAAUAAUUGAAUUAGUUAUGUAAUUCUUAUAAUAUAGAUCUUUUUAUGGCUUUUGUUCGCAAUACUAUAUACCACCACAUCAGCUAUGGCUAAGCUAUAAAUUUACUAUCGUGACAAUCGUGUUUAUAGAAGAAAUACGUUUAGUUUCAUUGUUAUUACUAACAGUAGUCAGUGACAUAUUUGGCGAAUUUUAACAUCGUUGUCUUGGCCUCAGCGUGUUGUUAUUUUCCUAUGUUGUCAAAAUUUAUACGGGGGGGGGGGGCGAAAUUCCUGAAGGAGGCGAUAUUCCUAGGAUAGUCGCACCCCGGAGGGGAUAUUCCUAGGAAUAUCGCCUCCCUUUUGAGAGGGGGAGAAUCUCCUGGGUGGGGGUGGGGGCGAAAUUCCUGUGACACCGAUCUUAUGUAAACGGGGCCUAAAUUUCCAAUUUUUCUACGCAGGUACAGAUCGUCACAACAUGGUGGAGAUGGCCGACCCAUCUGUGAACUAUCCUUUAACAUCAGAAAAGCCAUUAACAAUGUUCACUAACGCUGAAAUCGUUUGGACAAGUGAUGAAGAAACGAAGACUAAACAAGAUCUUAUUUUGAGUAUGGCUUCCUCUGGCUACUACAACAGCAUGACGCUCUGUAAGGCUUCUCCACAGAAAACAGCGCUUAAUGACGAGUUAAACAAUGGUCCAGCAUCGUAUCGUGGCAUGCUAUUGAGGUUUGCACCAGGAGAAUAUUACUACAUGUGUACAAGAAACAACAACUUCACAAACCGUAACCAGAAAGGAAGACUCGUGGUCAAAAAGGCGCCAGCAAGCGUGAUCAGCAAGAAGUAA